AAACAAAAACUCCAAAGAAUCGAAUCGAGACGCAGCACAAGCCAUACGAGUAAGGUACCCACCCAACGACAAAGCGAUUGUGAUGAAGGUCCACCACGGAAGAGCCGAUCGAUCCGCGGCUUCAGCGAGAACGAUCGGCCUUGGCGCCAUCUUUCUCGUUCUCCUAGGUGCGGUUCACCAAACCAGGCUCGGUGCCUCCGCGACCCCGCUUUGCGGAAACGGGGAUGCCGAUGGAUCGCCGGGAGAAUGCCGGGCGGUUCCGCUCCGGCCCUCCGAUAUCCCUCCCCCCAGCGUCUUCGACUCCUUUGGGGCCAACCGCAGCGUCACCGUACCACCGAUCGACGAGAGCGAGGACAACGGCGAAAGUGGCGGAACCACCCUCUCGGUUCUUCCGGGAUCGAUCAAGCAGCAGGGCAAGCACCUCGCCAGCAACGAGACGCCCUCCUCGGACCUCGUCGUCCUCCCCGGCCUCCUCCCACGACCGGUCGUUGCCGAGAUGCUCGCCCUGCUGAGAGGCCACGAGGACGCCGAUUUCGCCGUCGGAAAAACCACCAUCGUUCUCGACGCGGACCCCGACUCGGUCGACGGCAUGACCUCCCAGGAAUUUUUUCUGGACAACGACUCGCUGCGAAGCGGGGGAUCCAGCAAGGGGAACCCCAACGAGAACAUGGAGGAGCGGAGGGAUCUCCGGGCCAAGCUCAGGGCCCUCACGGAUCGAUACGCCUACGACACGCUGGUCCCCUUUCUCGAGCAGUGGUACGGGAAGGACACCUGCGGCCGGCCCGGCCGGAGGUGCACCCCUUGCUACUCGCUGAUCCGCCGCUACCGGGCCGGAGAGCGGCAGUCGCACGCCCCACACCACGACGCGCACUCCUUCGUGACGGUGGUGGUCAGCCUCACCGACUACGGCCGGGAGUACAACGGGGGCCUUUACGUCUCGACCAAGAACUCCGAGCGAAACUACGUAAAGCUCAACCGGGGCGACGCGGUGGCCCACCAGGGGUGUGAGUAGCGCAGCCGUCGGGCGUUCUUCUGUUUCUAUUUUCUCUGUUGGUUUUUCCCACAUUUUCCAUUCUUUCAUUCCCCCGCUAAUCUUUUCGUUUCCUUAUUCAUCCACAGACCUGCACCACGGCGUCAAGGUCCUCGACCAACGGGACGACGGGGGUCCCUCGGAGCGGUGGAGCUGGAUCAUGUGGUUCCGCGAUUCAGACACCUGCGAGGAACACAAUUCCGAGUGGCAUCGUUCCUGCGCCGAGAAGGGCAACCCGACCUGCAUGUACCUCCGGGCCUCGACGGAGCCCACCGAAGAAGGCGUCGUGCACUGGAACACGAUGGCCUCCAAGGCCGGCCACUCCCAGGCCUCGGUGAAGCUCGCCUACGCCAACCUCAAGAUGCUUCCGUCGAGACUCAUCGAGUUCAACCAGGACGAGGCAGAGCGCCUCUUCGAGGAGGCGAUCGCGUCGUCGAACGAACCCGACGGGCACUAUGGAAAGGCCAUGCUGUACCUGACCGACACGAAGAAAUCCAUCCUGGAACAGCCUACCAACGAGGCCAAGGCGCAGGCGGCUUGGGAGGCUCUGGGGUCCGAGACCGUGAAAAGGGCCAUCUGGCACCUGGAGGAGGCCGCCAAGGGGGGACACGUCUUUGCCAUGUUCAAUCUCGGGAUCGCCAGCACGUACGGAUACGGGAGCACCGACGGAACCCGGGAUUUCGAGCUGGCCAUAGAGUGGUUCGAGGCCAGCGGCAUGCCCGAGGGCUUCUUUGCCAAGUCCAUGUACCUUGGGAUGAUCGGAAAGACCCAGGAAGCGGAGGAAUUCCAGAAGCGGGCCGCCACCCUCGGCUACGGCCAGCCCUGGAGAAAAGUCGCCAGGGAGCGGACCGGGAGCGGGGGAUCCGGUGGAGUCACGUUGAACCUUCCGUGGCCGCCCCUGCCAACAGGGGAAACGCCGCCGGAAUGGUAAACCUGGAGCGAUAGGGCCGUCCACGAAACUCACGAUGGAUUGCUACGAACCGGGUUGCGUCUUCUAGAUAACCACAUUUGUUGAGUAUUCAAACAAACACCAAGAGCAACUUGUAUCUAACCAGGAACCGACCUAAUACUGCUAGUGCACAACACAAAAACAAGAAUCCUAAUCAAAGUCUAGGGAAGCA